AUGCGUCUCUUCCUCCUGCCCAGCCUCGCGCUGACCUUCCUCACCGCGCUGGCCAGCGAACUCCACUCCGACCCCCAAGAGCGCACCGUAGACAUCUUCGCCUGGCCACUCGGCGUCGCAAAGCCCCAGAGCCUCGCCCAAAUCUCCUACGACCAGCAAAACGCCAUUGUGAAGAAAUACACCGCACCGCUAGUCCCGGCCGAGGAGUCAAUCGUGCGGAUUGGAUACUACCAUGCCUCGGGUGCGUGGUCGGGUAUCGCGACGGCGGCGUCAAAUUUCCUCCCUGAUAGGACUAGGAAACUCCGUCUGCAUGUGACGGAGGGUGGGCAGCUGUAUCAUGUUGGGUUUGAAGCGGCCAAGAGUGGGGAUUUGGGGGCCGGUGCUGCGGGACAGGAUUUGCAGGUUGAGGUUGUGACGGUUUUGAAGGGCGCAUCGCCGGUUUUGAACAAGCCGAUUGUUGUGUCUGAGGAUGGACAGGUGGAAGGGAAGGAGCCGGAGAAGACGUUUUUGCAAAAGUACUGGUGGGCUAUUGGACUGUUUUUGAUUUUGCAGAUGGCCAUGGCUGGUGGAAAGGAGGAAGAGGCGCCGAAGAAAUGA